CAGUGACAACAGGUGGCUUGCCCCAGUGCUGCUCAACACACUGAGACUCAGCACCGCUCGGCCGUAGGAUGAACUGAGGAGUAAAAUCAGAACCGCCACAAUGAAGGGUUUCCAGGUUCUCACCCUGUGGCAGAAAAUCCAGCUAUUCUACCAAGGGCUUCUGGACAAUGGAGACAAGAGGACAGACAACUGGCUGCUGGUCCACUCCCCUGCUCCUAUCAGCUGCAUCUUCCUGUGCUACCUGGUCAUCAUCUGGGCGGGGCCGAAGCUGAUGGCCAAGAGGCAGCCAGUGAACCUCAGGCCUGUCCUCGUAGCCUACAACUUUGCCAUGGUCUGCCUGUCUGCCUACAUGUUCUAUGAGUUCACAGCCUCUUCCUGGUUGGCCAGAUACAGUCUGCUGUGCCAGCCAGUCGACUACGGUGACAGCCCGCUGGCCCUCAGGAUGGCUAAAGUUUGCUGGUGGUUCUACUUCUCCAAAGUGAUCGAGCUCAGUGACACUAUAUUCUUCAUCCUGAGGAAGAAGAACGGCCAGCUGACGUUCCUCCAUGUCUACCAUCACGCCACCAUGAUCUUCAACUGGUGGGCCGGGGUUAAAUAUGUGGCCGGCGGCCAGUCUUUUCUGAUUGGUCUGAUCAACUCCCUGGUCCACAUAGUGAUGUAUGUGUACUAUGGUCUGGCAGCUCUGGGGCCGAGCGUGACCAAAUACCUCUGGUGGAAACGCCACCUCACUUCCCUGCAGCUGCUCCAGUUUUUCAUAGUAACCAUCCACACCGGCCACAACCUGUUUGCCGACUGCGACUUCCCUGACUCCAUGAACGUCGUCGUGUUGGCCUACUCCCUCAGCCUCAUCGCUCUCUUCGGUAACUUCUUUUACCACAGCUACCUGGCGAAGAAGAAGAAGAAGACGUGAGGAGAUGAAGAAAGAAAUCAGGUGUUUAUAUGAGAACAACUUUUUCACGGAGACAUAGAAAAUAAGAGAUGAGAUGAGAGGAUUUGGAAACG